AUGUCGUCCGCGCUUAUACACAGCCGUCGCCCACGAUCACUCCCCUUCGCCUUAGUGCACUGCCCUCCAUCGCACACAUUCACCCCACUUCAUCGCACACAUUCACCCCCCUCCGUCGCCCACGCGCACUCCCCUCCAUCGCCCACUCUCACUCCCCUCCCGUCGCCCACGCUCACUCCCUCACGUCGCCCACGCGCACUCCCCUCCGUCGCCCACUCUCACUUCCCUCCCGUCGCCCACUCUCACUCCCCUCCCGUCGCCCACGCUCACUCCCUCACGUCGCCCACGCGCACUCCCCUCCGUCGCCCACUCUCACUUCCCUCCCGUCGCCCACUCUCACUCCCCUCCAGUCGAGCACGCGACGCUUCCCUACGUCACACAUGCUCCCUCCUUCAAGUCGCCCACGCUCACUCCCCUCCGUGCUGGUUCUGCCCCCGUCCUCUCCGUGCUUCCCCUCCUUUCCCCCCUGCUUCCCCUCCUUUCCCCCCAUGCUUCCCCUCCUUUCCCCCCAUGCUUCCCCUCCUUUCCCCCCAUGCUUCCCCUCCUUUCCCCCCAUGCUUCCCCUCCUUUCCCCCCCUGCUUCCCCUCCUUUCCCCCCAUGCUUCCCCUCCUUUCCCCACAUGCUUCCCCUCCUUUACUGCCCCCUUUCCCCUAUCCGCAUUACACACUUCUUCCCCCAUUCCCCUCUCUGCCUUUCACAUUUCUUCUCCCUUUCCCCUCUCUUCCGUACACCCUUCUUCCCCCACCUUGAAUUCUCUGCCUUACUCCCUUCUUCCACACCCUUCAUCCCCCAAUCCCCUCUCUGCCUUACGCCCUGCUUUUCCCUUCCCCCUCUCUCUUGACACUUUUCUUAUUGCAAACCAUAACCCCUUCUUUCGCCUUUCCACCCUCUCUGCCUUACGCCCUUCUUCCCCCUUUUCCCCUCUCUUCCCUACUCCUCGCUUCCGCAUCUCCCGUCUCUGCCACCCUCCCUGCCCCUCUCCCCACUCUUCCUUUCCGCUCUCUACCUUACAUCCAUCUUCUCCCUUUCACUCUCUGCCUUUCACCCUUCUUCUCCCUUUCCCGUCGCUGCCCACACCAAUCUUCCCUGCAUCCCCUCUCUGCCAGACACUCAUCUUCCACCUAUCCCCUCUCUGCCUUACCCCCCUUCUUUCGCCUUUCCACCCUCUCCGCCCUACGCCCUUCUACCCCCUUUUUCCCCUCUUCAUACGCCUUUCUUCCCCCCGUUCCCUCUCUUCCUUACACCUUUAUUCCCUAAAGCUACUCUGCCAUACUCCCUGCUUCCCCCGCUACCCUCACUUCCCUACUCCCUUCUUCCCCCUCUCCCCCUCUCGCAACUACCUCCAUGCUCCCUACCCGCACUUCCCCUCUCCCUUCUUCUCCCUUUUCCCUCGCUGCCCACACUUAUCUUCCCUGAUCUGGCACACCACAUGUUCCAGUUUCCCUCACCGUGCUCGUCUCCCUUCCCCACCCUUUCGAACCAGUCUACAACUCUCUCCUGCCGCUGUGAGGGCUGCAUGCAAAUGUCGCACUGACAAGGGACGGGCAGUGGCACAACUAAGCGCGUCCGAACUGGCGGGCCUGUUAGGCCAUGCUUUAGAGCUCUCAUGCGUCACCGGCCGGAAGGGGGCAGAUGGACGGUCGCCAGAGGGAGGUGCAGCGAUGGGCGGGCCAGCAGAGCGGGCGGCGGCUGAGGGAGUGUUUCGUUCACUGCGCCAAUCUGCCGUGCACUUGGCCGCACCUCUACCCUCCGCCCCACGACAUGCAUUCACGUCCCCACCACUCAUUCAGACGCAGGCAAAGAGCAAUCAGUAUCAUUCAUAG